AACCCUAAAGACAAGCGCCUGAGCGACUGGGAGCUGACUUCAAUAAUCAUGGAGCUGAGGCGAAUACAGAAAGGCGUGGCCAAGGUGGUGCCUCUGCACCACUGUGAGGUGAAGGCCAGGAAGGAGGAGAGCCUGGUCUCCAAACAAUCACUGAGACUGUGCCAGGAGAGGGCCAGUAAAGCAAUUCCAGAGAUACUGGAGGAGAUUGAAAAAUCUCCACACCCCGUCAAGACCAGAGACCCACAGUGGGCUGCAAUCCAUCGGCUUUAUGGCUACCUGGAAGCAUAUAUCACAUCGAUCUAUGGCAAGCGGACCGGUGUAUUCGCCAACAUGAGGGUCAAAGAGGUCCGCAAUGCCAUAGGGGAUGACCAAAUGGGUUACCUCAUCAAUGUCGCCGAAAACAAGACCAUGGCAUCCCAUGGAUAUGCCCAAAUAUACUUGUUAAAGGAGGAGAUGGGUUGGUUCCAGAAGUGGCUGGCCCUUCGGAGCCGGUCGGUUCCGAAGUCGACCUAUUUUUUUGUGACGGCGUGGGCGGGGCCCCCAAAAAACCUUGUCACUUAUCUGAGGAAUGCCUGGAGGGAGAUGGGGCUCCCAAAAUCUCGAAGUUUCUAUGACAUCCGCACAGCAGUGUGCACUUAUAACUACAGAGACACGGAUCCCUCCCUCAGAGAGGACGCUGCCAAUUUUAUGAAUCAUGGCAUAGAAUCACACAAGCGAUUGCCAUGUAUAAAAACCUUGGCAGAGCACAGCGAAUGAGGGAGGUGUUUGCUCUGUUGUCGGCGUCGAGGGAAGUUGAGGUGGACCAGGGUCUCAAAAAGCUGGCCUCAGCCUCUGCCCUGUCCCCGGAAACCCCGGGUGAAUCGGGUGCCCCCUCCACCCUGGACCCGAAUCCGGCCUUCCCGGGUGAAUCAGGUGCCCCCUCCUCCUUGGACCUGAAUCCAGCUCGGCCAAGGUCCGUUUCUCCACCACGCAGGUGGAGGCGGGAUUGGCCGAGGACUCCCACAAAGAGGAGGUCAUCUCCACCGGGGCAACAACCCCGGAGGAGAAACUUUUUUGAGGAUGAAGAAUCGAGCCCCAGUCCACCCCGGAAACUAAAGAAACCCCAGCUCCCAUUGCCAGCCAGCCCCACCCGGCCUUCACAUUUCUUGUCAAGGCAGCGGUGCCUGCCGAAAAUGCGGUCUCCAGCGGCAAAAAUGGACCAGAGUCCCCAAACGCCAAAGAAAUCAAAAGGAGAGGGGAGACGUAAAUUGGACCUCUCCCCGAAAGUGAACUUGAUUCGCUGCCACUCUUUCACAAAGAUGUCUCGCAGCCAGGGGACAGAGGAACCCUCUGGCUCCCUUGA